GCUUGCCUAUUCCCGGUGGAUUGUUCGACACCGGCAAGGGACACACGUAUGAAGGCAGUCCUGGAGAUCAGGCACCCUCGUUCCAUUCAGUAGCCGCUUUACCGCCCAGCGAUAGCAGUGGUGGCAGCAAUGGUGGAAAAUAUCAGCAUGACGGAAAUAAUUACAACCAUAUAGUGGGCCCACAGGGCGGACAAGGCGGACAGGGCGGCAAAGGCGGUAGUGGAGGCAAUGGCUCGGGUGGAGGCUUUGGACCAAAUGGACCUAACGGUCCAAAUGGCCCCAAUGGCCCCAAUGGUCCAGAUGGACCUAAGGGACCAAUCGGACCACCUGGACCACCUGGACCCCUUGGACCUGUCGGCGUGGGAGGCGGUACCUCAGGAAAACUGGUAUAUCAGGAUGGUGACCGUACUCGCACUGGUGCCGGUGGUAACAUCGGUGGUGGUGGCGCCUAUCGUGAUGGAAACGGUUCCGGAAACGGUGGUGGCGGCGCCUAUCGUGGCGGAAGCGGUUCCGGAAACGGUGGUGGCAACGCCUACCGUGACGGAAACGGUUCUGGAAACGGUGGUGGCGGCGCCUAUCGUGAUGGAACUGGUUCUGGAAGCGGUGGUGGCUUCGCCUAUCGUGGUGGGGACGGUUCCGGAAUCGGUGGUGGCGGCGCCUAUCGUGAUGGAAACGGUUCCGGAAACGCUGGGGAUGGCCCCCAUCGUGAUGGAAACGGUUCCGGCAACGGUAGUGGCGGUCCCCAUCGUGAUGGAAGUGGUUCCGGAAUCGGUAUUACCGGCAUUGGCGGCGGGGGCGGCCCUGCUGGAGGGCAAUACACUGGAGUCAGCGACCGAUAUAUUACCAGUUUUCCUGGGGCCGUCGGAUACACACAAGAUAUCGGCCCUACUGGACCCCCAGCACCUCCAUAUGUCCAUGUUAUAGGACCUGAAGGCGGCUAUGGCGGUGAAGGCGGCAAUGGUGAUGGUGGUGGCGUCGGACCCGGCGGCCCAGGCGGACCAGGCGGUCCAAAAGGAC